AUGAAUUGCAGCCUCGACAAAAGCAACUUCUCCUGGUUCAGGAAUGGAAAACGUUUAGAGAGAACAUCACAGAAGCUUGAAAUUAAGAGAGCUACCUAUGAGGACGACGGCAGUUACUCCUGUCAGACUGGAAACGUCACUUCCCCGGCAUUUCUACUGAACGUGGAGUACGCCCCCAAGAAUGUGGUCAUCGCAGGACAGCCAUCCUCUGCUUGUACAGAAGACGUGAAAUCGGUGGCUCUAUACUGCAAAGCCUUGGCGAACCGACCUGAUAAAAACACUGAGGUCGAAUCAAGAGAACAACGAAGCAUCAGUCCAGCUGAAGCCACAAAUGUCCAUGAGAUUGCCACGUCCUCUGCUGUCAAGCCAGAGGUGAACGAUGCUCCCAAAAAUACAGCCAACACAGAUCAGUCCGCCGCUAGUAUAGAAGAAGGGAAAUCUGUGAUGAUCAACUGCAAAGCCUUGGCAAAUCCACCCAGCAACUACACCUGGUUCAAGAACAACACGGGACAAAUAGGAUCAGGAGAACAACUAAACAUCAACAAAUUUGAUGUGAGUCAUGCUGGGACUUAUUACUGUGAGGCCAAAAACAUCUACGGGACAGCAAAGUCUCCAGCUCUCGACCUAAAGGUAAAAGUUCCGUUCCCUCCACACCAUGUCUACUGCAUCAACCACUCCUACGACUUUAACUGGAAGGGCAAGUCCACUUUUGACCAUCAGUCUAAAAACAAAGAGGAGCCUUGUCAACUCAUGAUUCUGUAUAUUGAUGACGACGAUGAGGCACAGGGUAGGAUUCAUGUGGAGAACUUGUGA